GCGUAUUUAGGAAUGGGAAGGGGCGAUGGAAUGUGCCCAUCACUUCCUCGCGAUCGUUCCCACUUUUUGACACUGACAGUCACACAUCGACAUUUCUAGAUUGUAUUUCUAAGUCAACAUGUGGAAGAUCACUGCACUAUCAUUGCUCGCUGCCUGCGUUGCUGGACAGUCAUGUCCUCUCGCAGGGCCAGCCUUCCCGGCUCCACGGAGAGUGAUAGGCAGCGUCGCCAUGGACCACGCGGUUGGCAACUUCACCAGCUCGUUGCAGCGGAUCCUCCACGCGACAGACGAUCCACAGGUGACUGCGAUCGAUCCAGACGCGACGUCAUUCGCGGUGCAGGUUUUCAGCACCCACGACGAGCGUCCCAUUCUCGAACACUACCACACAGCCACCUCUGCGCGAAACAACACGGUCGGCGUGAAUACGGUGGACGAGAACACUGUCUUUCGAAUUGGAAGCACUUCCAAGUUGUGGACGGUUCUGCUACUUCUUAUUGAAACCGGCGAUUCGUCCUUCCACGACCCGAUCUUCAAGUACAUUCCGGAGCUGCGCGAUGUCGUCAGACUCGGGAAGGCCAACAAUUCCUACAUUGACAGCGUCGAUCAUGUUCAAUGGGAGGAUGUUACGGUGGGAGAGAUUGUCAGCCAAAUGGCCGGUCUCGAGAGGGCCUUUGGCCUGAGUGACCUGGCUCGGACGCCCUCUGUGGUUGAGCAGCUUGGAUUCCCCCAUCUUCGACGCUCUGAAGUACCUACAUGUGGCCUUGGACCAGCCUGUACUCGAGCUGAAUUCUUCGCCGGCCUGCUCAAGAGACACCCGGUCCUUCCGACGUCGUCAGGCCCUGCGUACUCGAAUGAUGCCUUCCAGCUGCUUGCGUAUGCAAUUGAAUCAAUGUUCAACAUCCCGUAUCAGGAUCUCCUGGAGAAACGGUUAAUACAGCGGCUUAACCUAACCCACUCUUCCUAUGGAAAGCCUGCCGAUAACCUGGGCAUCAUCCCAGGUCCUAUGAAUAUGACACACUGGGAUACGGAUCUGGGCGACCUAACACCGACUGGCGGGCUAUACUCAUCUACAAAAGACAUGACCACCCUGGGCCGUGCGAUUUUGAACAGCGACCUUCUGUCCCCUGCGCAAACCAGACGCUGGUUGAAGCCGCACUCUCAAACUGCUGACCCCAGCUUUUUGGUUGGUGCACCGUGGGAAAUAUACGUUGUCGACGACCCUCGUCCGAUCGACUUAUAUACCAAAUCUGGAGACCUCGGCAGCUAUUCGGCUAUGAUGGGCGUUUCUCCGGAUCACAAUGUUGGUUUCGUCAUCCUCGUUGCGGGUGAGAAGACAACUCAAACUGUGUACGCCUUGGCCGAUCUUUUUGCAAAGGAGAUCAUUCCAGGUCUCGAAGAUGCCGCCAAAGAAGAUGCAAGGGACCGAUUUGCUGGGACAUAUAGCCUAGGCGGCUCUACUCUGACACUUACAACUGAUGACGGCCCUGGGCUGAAGAUCAAGAGGUGGCAGAACAAGGGAAAGGAUAUGCUAGAGUCACUGGCAACCCUACAGCCAACUGAAAUCGAGGGACAGCUGGAUGUCAGAUUGUAUCCCACCGGACUGGAGAGCCCAGGCAGGAUCUCGUUCCGGAGCGUUGUGUCAGGAUCAGCCCCAACCGGGCCAGUCAAUGGACCGUUCACGCGUGCCUGCAAGUCAUGGCUGUCUGUAGAUGGCCAGGUGUACGGAUCGGUCGGCCUUGAUGAGUUUGUAUUUGAUGUCCUAGACAACGGUGGUGCUGUUCGUGUUUCCCCACGCAGUUUGCGAGUAUCAUUAGCGAGGGUGAGGUAGAGUUUAUUGAUAGCCUUAUACAUUAAUAACGAUUAAUACUGAUUGAAGUUUGACCGUCGUAGUACUCAUAAUCAAAUAUGCAGACAUGGGCUUUAGGAAAUCCCGUUAAUUGGGAAGUGGACACGGCGAAAAGGUAUAUCCGUGGGGGUUUCUAUAUACAAGGAGGAUAAUAUC